GGUGCCGCCAUGGCGUUCCCGAAGCCGCGGCCGGCCCGGCCCGAGCUGCCCCGGCAGCGGGUGCAGAGCCUGCAGUGCGGGCAGGGAGCCGUGCGGGCCGCCCGCUUCAACGCGGACGGCAAUUACUGCCUGACGUGCGGCAGCGACAAGACGCUGAAGCUCUGGAACCCGCGCUCCAUCGACUCCUCGGUGCGCUGCUGGGACUGCCGCUCCCGCCGCCCCGACCCCGUGCAGGUGCUGGACGAGGCCAAGGACGGCAUCUCCAGCGUGAAGCUCUCAGCCCACGAGAUCCUGACGGGCUCGGUGGACGGGCGGGUCCGGCGUUACGACCUCCGCGCGGGGCAGCUCUGCUCCGACUACCUGGGCAGCCCCGUCACCAGCGUGUGCUUCAGCAAGGACGGGCAGUGCGUGCUGGCCGCCAGCCUGGACUCCACGCUGCGGCUGCUGGACAAGGACACCGGGGAGCUGCUGGGCGAGUACGGGACCCCCAAAAAAUCCCAAAAAAAUCCCAAAAAAAACCCCAAAAAAUCCCCAAAAUAUCCCCAAAAAAACCCCAAAAAAUCCCCAAAAAAUCCCCAAAAAAUCCCCAGAUCCCCGCGCUCUGGGGGGGCUUUGGGGCUGCUGGGCGAGUACGGGACCCCCAAAAAAUCCCCAAAAUAUUCCCAAAAAAACCCCAAAAAAAUCCCCAAAAAAUCCCCAAAAAUCCCCAAAAAAUCCCCAAAAAAUCCCCAGAUCCCCGCGCUCUGGGGGGGGUUGGGGCUGCUGGGCGAGUACGGGACCCCCAAACCCCCAAAAAAUCCCCAAAAAAUCCCCAAAAAAUCCCCAAAAAAUCCCCAAAAAAUCCCCAAAAAAACCCCAAAAAAAUCCCCAAAAAAUCCCCGACUCCCUGCGCUCUGGGGGUGUUUUGGAGCUGCUGGGCGA